AUGAAUGCUAUUGUGACUAGAAGUGGUAGGAUCCUUAAGAGUGAAAUCUCUAAGAAGAGUGAUGCUAAAAAUAGUCCUAGCAAUGGCCAAAUUGGGAAUGAGGGAGAUGAGAAUACUCUAGUUGAGGAAGUCAAUAAGGAACAAGAAAAAAUGACAAAUUAUGCAAAGUUCCUUAAGAAGAUUUUGAGUGGAAAAAGAACAUGUGAUGUGGCGGAAACGGUUAACUUGACCGAGAAUUGUAGUGCAAUCAUAAUAAACAAAAUCCCACACAAGUUGAAGGAUCCCGAAAACUUUUCUAUCCCUUGGGCUAUUUAUAAAAUGCAAAUUGAUAAUGCCUUGUGUGAUUUAAGAGCUAGUGUUAGCGUUAUGCCAUACUCGGUAUAUCAAAGACUAGAGAAGGGAGAACUUUUAUCUACCAACAUUACCUUGCAAUUAGCCAAUAGAUCAAUUAGGAUCCCAAGGGGCAAGGUAGAGGAUGUUCCCUUAAGGGUAGGAAAGUUCAUCAUUCCGAUAGAUUUUGUGGUCCUUGACAUAGAUGAGGAUUAUAAAAUUUCUAUUAUUCUUGGAAGACCAUUUCUUGCUACUUUGGGUGCUUUGAUUGAUGUCAAAAGUUCUAAGAUUUCACUUAAAAUUGGAGAUGAGGGAGUUGAAUUUUAUUUGAAUGAAAGUAUGAAAUAUCCUUCUUCAUCUCAUGAGAAUUGCAUGGGAGUUAAAAUUUUAGAUAAUCUUGUACAUUCAAUGCAUGAGCACUUGCUCACAACUAAUGAUCCUCUUGAGUGUGUUUUGUUGAACAAGGAAAGAUAG